AGUGCCUACCAUGACACAUGUAUACCGAAAUCCCUUGUGCCACCACCGGAGCCAUCCCAAAUCAAAGGAGUCAAAGAUGACCUCGGCAAACGGGACGCAAUCUUGCAGUCUGUCAUCUGGAAGGAGAAUGUUCAUGCCGAGCAAAGAUGUUUGAAAAAUUGGUGGGUAGCAUUGAGCAGAUGUAUCAAUUUAACGGAUCAAAUUGAAUUACUGCUCUCAUUCUAUUGACUAAGCACUUGAUAAAGGCUCUUUUUUGUGUUACAUUUUAAAUUUUAUCCUAUAAUGAAUGAAAGAUAUAUUGGUCUUAGAUUAUAUAUAUAUAUAUAUAUAUAUUAUAUAGGUGGUUCUUACACAUGCAAUGUUACAGAAACAUCAAUGUUUGACAGAUGUUAUGAAACCUUUGAAUACUUCUAUGAUACUUUUUAUUGGUUGAGAGGUGGUUUUCAGGCCAGGUCUGAUGUGUUUUAAUUGAUUGAUUUUUUUUCUUCUGUUUUUUACAGGGAGACAAAUUGGGGUUUCCUAACAGAGUUUGAUUCAAAGGUGAGCCUGAAUAGGUGGAAAAAAAAUCACUUUGUUUAGACAAUCUUUGGAAUUUGGUGAUUUUAUUCACAUUAACCUCAGAAUUUGCAUGCAGCUUUCAUCCAUCAAAACGUUGUUUUCUUCUCCUCAAAUAAACAACUCCUUAUUCAUUCUUUAAUUUUAGGACAACUUAACAAAAUUUUUGUUUUGUAAGGUCAACAAUCUGUUUAUUAAUUUAUUUUUUUUUCGGAUAAAUUUUUGAAAUGGUAUCUUUGCAUAUCCUGUUACCGCUUCUCGACCCUUUGGUUUGGCAGUGGCGGACAUCGGUCAAAUAAAAUGAGACCACGAACUGGACAAGGACCUGUAAGGUUCAAGAGGCCCCCAAUAUUGCAGUACAACUGCAUGGGGGAGAGGGGGGCGGAGAAGAAAGCAAAAAUUAAUCAUCCUGUGUUACCCCUACACAUACAUUUUAUUGUGAAAUUUGGUAAAAAUAACAAGUAAUAAAUCAAAUAUAAAUAACAAAAAGUUCAAAGAUAUGUUUUCAUUAAGAGCCUUAACAUUUGAGGUUGCGAACAAACUCCAUAGCUAUGAAAUUUCUUUACAGGGAAACGCUAAAGUCAAAGAAGUGUUGCCAGAAAAGUCCAACAUGUUCAGCACUGUCGUCCCGAACACAAACUCGGGUAACUAUGGCAACAGACUCAGCACUGAAACGGGGCAGACAAUGCAGUCGCUAGAGAACAAAUUUUUCAGCGAAAGCAGGCGCAGGAAACUACCGGAGGAAAUGAUAUGCUACUGAAAUUACUUAAUGUUUAUUUAACUUGAUCUUACUGAAAGAUUUUACUGAAAUUACUUAUUACUUAUUAACUUCUUCCUAUUGAAAUGAUGUUACUGAAAUUACUUAACUUAAGUUAUUCAAUCGGUUCUAACUAAAUUCAUGUAAACCUAAACCUGUAUUUUUAACAUGUAUGUAGAUAUUUAUAAGAUGUUAUUUCUUUCAAAUUUAUUUUAUAGAUUGAUUGAGUUCUAAAACUAUUAUUUUUUUUUUACAAAAAUUUCCAUAUAAUUCAUUUAGGCUAUUGCUAAAUAUUUAUUCAAUUCUAUAUUAAUAUUUGUCCCCGACUUGCUAAGACUUACUUAUAAUAUAUUUUUUGAGAUUUGUUACGGAUGUAAGUUCAAGGAACACUAAUGAUCCUAACAGCCCCUCACACUGUUUAAUAUUAGUAAGAUGUGAAUAAAAUCUAUCAAUCUAUUUAUGAUAUUUACUAUUAUGUCACUGUCUCAUUAUAAUAGUUUUUAUUUAUACUUAAAAAUCUCUACUUAUUGGAGGACCAUGUUCUCAUUUGCAUAUAUUCUUAUAUCCCAUGUCUUCAAUGUCUGGGGUUUUAAGAAAAUUGUUAAUAAUAUUUUUUUUGUAUAUAAUUUAAAUGAUACAUGCUUGAAUGGUUGUAAGGUACUUAUCAAAAUUUUUAUUUUAAAAAAAAAAGGGGAAACAAAUUUAUUUUGUGAACUUCUUAUUAAAUUGGGCAUUGCCUUUAAGAAAAACACUGAUUAUAUCGUUCUUAGCUUUUCAGUUUAAUCAUGGAAGUUUUUUAGUGUACCAAUCGAUAGAUUUUUUUUUUAGUAAUGAAACAUGUAGCCACAAUGAGGUUAAAAAAAUAAUGAAGCAUCAGAAGAUGAUUAAAAAAUAAAACUUAAUAUCACUGUGUCCCAAGGACUUGAAAUACAAAUUUAUAUCACUGUGUCCCAGCUCUUUAAAUAAAAGGCUAUAUCACUUAUUGUUCCUAGUUCUUGCAAUAAAAACUUACAUCACUAUGUGUCUCUAGCUCUUUAAAAAUAUUUUCACUUUCACUAUAACUUAUUAUCGUUGAUGGAACAUUUUUUUGUCAAUCAUUUAAUUUAAUGGAAUAAAUGAAACAUCUCAAGGCACCAGUUUGAAAUCCUGUGGUGGAAACAAUAGCUAAAUCCACAUGACUUGAGAAACUGUGGUGGAAAAAAGCAAAAUGGGAAAUCUGUAAAUUAUUCUUAUACUAACAUUAAAAAAAAAAAAUCUUCAACCUAAAUUUCUAAUCAAAGGAACGUGGAGCUUCAUUCUUAUAUUUCAAAAAAAGUUUUUGUUUUCUCUGAUAAACGUGAUGUCUAUUUCUUGCGCAAAAAAACAUUGACUUAUUUUUUAAAAUUUCUUGAUUGUGUGGAUAAACAGAGUAAAAAGAUAUACACAUUUGUUAAAAUUACAACAAGUUGUUAGAAAGAAAAAAUUAAUCUAUGUUAUAUUAAAAAAUUAAAAUCCACUGUUUGAAAUAUU